GCUAUUUUUAUGGGGUCCUUGGAAUCUUAUGUUAUGACUAUCAUUUUCUCUCUCCUCUCCUCUCCUCUCCUCUCGCUAAAUUUUAUGUCACCAUGCCGCUACAAAAAUACCUACUUCUCUCCAUAGAGGCUUAUACAGUUUUAGAUGCUGCAAAACAGAUAAGCACCCAAUCAAAGAUUAGUCCCAUUACUAUUUAAUCCCAUUCCCCUACCAAUAAUUGUUCUAUAUAUGAAUCCUGAAGGAAUUACAUAUUUCACCUUUUUCCUGCACAUGUAAUGGCCAAGAAGAGCUCUACUUCCUGGCUCACCGCCGUCAAACGGGCCUUCCGUUCUCCCACCAAAGACUCCGAUGAUGCCGAUAGCAAGAGCUGCCGCAGGAAAGUUGAACACCACCACCAUGAUGACGAAGCCAAGAAGAGUGAGAGGAGGAGAUGGCUGUUCAGGAAACAUUCCAACAACAAUGCCGCAGAAGCUCCGGUGAUGCAUCCUGAGCAGAGGCAUGCCAUCGAGGUGGCGACUGCGAAAGUUGCGGUGGGGAUGAUCCGGAUGAGCUCCAAUGAGACGGGAGCAGCGAGAGUCAUUCAAACUGCCUUCAGAGGCUAUUUGGCGAGGAGAGCAUUAGUGGCGCUCAAGGGAAUAGUGAAGCUGCAGGCUCUAAUCCGAGGGCAGAACGUAAGGAAGCAAGCUAACAUGACCAUGAAAUGCAUGCAGUCGCUGCUGCGGGUUCAGGCGCGGGUACGCGAUCAUCGCGCCCGCCUCUCCCAUGACUCCGGGAGACGCUCCAUGUUCGCAGAGACCACCAAUUUCCGGGACUCCUCUAAGUACCUCAGACACAGAAACUCUAGAUCCACAGAGACAGAGGGAAGCUGCGUGACUGACGAAUGGAGGCCGCAAUUGGAGUGCCCGCGCACGCUGGAAGAGCUUGAAGCUAUACUAAAAGCCAGGAACGAAGCAGCAUUGGCGCAUGAAAAGUCCUUGGCUUUAGCUUUCGCUCAGCAGAACAACCUACUGGACAGUGACAGGAGCGCCUACAACGGAGACGAAAGCGAGCUAGUCAACAGAACAAACUGGCUGGAUAAGUGGAUGGCCACCAAGCAGUGGGAGACCACCAGCAGAUCCUCCAUCAAAACCGUCCAGAUCGACUCCCUCAAAACAACCAACAGCCGCCGAUCCCUCUGCCAGAGCCCCAUACACCGCCAUUCAAUUGCUUCUCCCCACCACAAAUCGCUCGCUCCGUCGACGCCGUCUCUCGCAUCCAGAACGAGAUCGCCGCAAAUCCGCCCGCGCAGCUACUCCACUGCGAAUACGCCGUCACUGCGCUCCGCGCACCGCGUCGCCGCUGAGAAACCUAAUUACAUGGCGGCGACUGAAUCCGCGAAGGCGAGAAUCCGAUCGCAGAGCGGGCCGGAGCGAGAGCGCGGCGGAUCGGGGGCCAGGAAACGCCUCUCGUACCCCGUACCGGAACCGUAUUGCUUGAAUUUCGGAUUCGGAAGCAAUAACGUGGGGCAGAAUCAAAGAAGUCCGAGCUUCAAGAGCGUUCAGGCCGGGUACGUAGGGAUGGAGGAACAGUCUAAUUAUUCAUACUACACAGAGAGUGUGGGCGGCGAGAUAUCUCCGUGCUCGACAACGGAACUCCGGCGGUGGUUGAGAUGAAGAUGCUGGAUGCGUAUUUGCGUGCAGAAAUAACGGUUAGUAGGACAGGUGACAAUGUCAGCCUCAAUUUCAUGUUUCCUAAAAUUUGAUGAAGGAAAGGACGAGGAGUUAAUGGCAGCAAAAUUGAAGAAAGAAUAACUAAUUUAGUUGGCAACUCUAGUUUGGAUUUUCUUUUCCUUUUUUUUUAUUUUGUUUAUGCUAAAAUAGCGCCACUAAGCAUCUCAUUUUCAGCUUAGUCAUUGUACCUCAUGAAUUAUAUUUCCAGUAUUUAGUUGUCAAUUCGAAUGUCGGUUAAAAAACUAUAGUUCUUUAUCCCCUUUUUUUACAAACUCUUUCAAUCCAUGUGGGGAGUGGAAGUUUGAUCUCCAUCUUAUUUUUAGUCUUCCAAGAUAUGAGGUGAUGAUGGUGGUACUUUGAGUUGUGAAUUCGCCUUUUGAAUAGUCAAAU